AACAAGCACAGGCCUUCAGACAACAGGCCGGACAGUUUUACAACACCAGAAGGCCCUGGACCCCUUUCCCGGUGUUCAGAUUGGGGAACUGCAGUGGAGGAAGAUGAAAUGAGGACCAAUGUUAACAAAGAAAUUGCAAGAUACAGAAGAAAACUCCUGAUAAAUGAAUUUUCAAGAGAAAGGAAGUCUUCCUCUGGAAGUUCUGAUUCAAAGGAGUCCACUGUAACAGUAGAACUUGAGACGGAUGAAGUGGUUUUGAUGAGAAGACAAAAACAGAUAAACUAUGGAAAAAACACAAUUGCAUACGAUAGAUACAUUAAAGAAGUUCCUAGAUGCCAUCGUAUACCGGGAGUUCACCCCAGGACUCCAAAUAAAUUUAAGAAGUACAGCCGUAGGUCAUGGGACCAGCAAAUUAAACUAUGGAAAGUUGCAUUGCAUUCCUGGGAUCCACCAACUGAAGAAGGAUGUGAUCUGCAAGAAAUUAGUCCUGUUGACCUUGGUGAGAUGGAGACAGAAUCUGUUGGAAGCAAUUCUACUGAAUCUCAAACGAGCUGUCAAGAUAAUGACGAUACCUGUUCUGGCACUCCCACCAAAAUUAGACAUGUUGACUAUCAAGCAGAAGGUGAUUUUGACUUGGAAGUGUGUUUGAGUGAACCUCUUAAAGAUUUUGAUACUGUGAGUUAAAUAGUCUUGUGCAAACUGUUUUAGAGGAAGUUUCUUUUAAAUUUGAGA